AUUAAAAAUUAGAAAAAAAUAAAUAUAAAUCUUAUAAAUGAUAAAUCUUAUAUUGUUAUUGCUCAAAGAAAUAAGAAAAUUUAAACGAAAUAACAAAAAUUGAUAAAAUAAUGGCUAAACAAGGAAAAGAUUUAGCAUUAUCAAUGUUGCGAACGUUACCGAGGCUAUCUUUAAAUAAUAUUCGAGAUAAUCCUGGUGCAAGAAAAGCUUCAAAACGUGGCAGAGGUCAACAUGGUGGAAAUAAACAUGGAGCUGGUAAUAAAGGUUCAGGUCAAAGACAGAAUUUUAUGAGAACUGGAUAUGAAACUGGAAAUAAUCCAUUUUAUCUUAGAUUUAGUUAUGAACCAUAUUAUAAAGGACAUCAUUUAAGAAGAGAAUAUCCUCCUUUAUCUCUACAAAAAUUACAAUUAUAUAUUGAUACAAAUAGAAUAGAUUCAUCCAAACCUAUUGAUUUUGUUUCUAUAAUCAAUACUGGAUUAUACAAUUUUAAAAUAGAAUGGAAACAUGCAGGUAUUCAUCUUACAGAUGAGGGCUCUGAUAAUUUUAAAGCAAAAGUAAAUAUAGAAGUACAAUGGGCUAGUGAACCUGUAAUUGCAGCAAUUGAAAGAAAUGGUGGUACUAUUACUACUGCUUAUUAUGAUACUAACUGUUUAUUUGCAAUGCAGGAUGUUGAAAGAUUUUUUACUACUGGAGAACCAAUACCACGCAGAUUACUACCUCCAACAGACUGUUUAGAAUAUUACAUGAGUGCAGCAACAAGAGGAUAUUUAGCAAGCCCUGAAGAAAUUUCUCAUGAACGUUUGAUUUUAUCUCAAAAAUAUGGUUAUGAAUUACCAAAAAUUGAAGAUGAUCCUGACUAUGAAAUGCUUGUAGAACGUAAAGAUCCUAGACAAUUAUUCUAUGGUCUUUCACCUGGUUGGGUUGUUAGUCUUAAAGACAAAGCAAUUCUUAAACCUAAAGCUGAAUAUCUUAAAAAAUUUUAUUCAAGCUAAAGUAUUUAUUUGUAAAAUGUAUUUAGUAAAUAAAUGAAUAACUUUUAAAAAUAA